AUGGGCAACCAAAUAUCCAAGAUGAUGGGGAAGAUCUUCGGCUCGAGAGAAAUGCGACUGUUGAUGCUGGGACUGGACGCGGCAGGCAAGACAACUAUCCUCUAUAAGCUCAAGCUCAACCAGGAUGUUACGACCAUCCCUACGGUGGGCUUCAACGUGGAAACCGUGACAUACAAGAACGUCAAGUUCAAUGUUUGGGAUGUGGGAGGGCAAGACAAGAUCCGGCCUCUGUGGCGACACUAUUUCUCGGGCACCCAAGGCCUCAUUUUCGUCAUUGACUCCAACGACCGAGCGCGGAUAGACGAAGCGCGUCAAGAGCUACAUCGAAUCAUUCUAGACCGAGAGAUGAAAGAGGCACUGCUGCUGGUGUUUGCCAACAAACAAGAUAUUCCGGGCUCUAUGACGCCGACGGAAGUGACGGAAAAGUUGAGAUUGUCGCAGCUGAAGGAUCGCACCUGGUAUGUCGUCCCCAGCUGCGCCACGACGGGUGAGGGAUUGCUCGAAGGUUUGAGCUGGCUCUCUACGAAUGUCAAACAGCAGCCUAGGCCAGCGGGAGCGAGAUAG